AUGCUUGGAUGCAGGUUGCCGAGAGCGAGCGAAUAUGAUCUAGACUUGCCGGGGAACAGGACAUGGGAAUGGUAUUCUUGCUUCCGGGACAACCUAUAUAAAGAUGUAUGUUCACCCUCAGCUCAACCUUGGAAAUCAGACGAAGACCUCGCGAAGAUCGCUCAGAACAAAUCUCAUAAAGGACUCCGCAGUCAUCUCAUGAUGUUCAUCUCAAGCCUCUUGGCCAUCUCAUUCGUGGGCCUCUCUCUUGCUCAACCCCAACUCCACCCCAACAGCCUCCGUUCAAGAGAGGAUGGACCGGUCGCUGUUUUUGCCGACCCUUCAAGCACCAAAUCAGUGAUGCCAACCUAUACACCACCACCUCCUCCGCCCAAGACUCGAAGGCUGGGCCACGCCAUCGUGAACAACAACUGCGACUUCCCAGUCUAUCUGUGGUCCGUCGGCACGAAUGUACAGCCUGUCCAAACUCUGAACCCCGACGACUCAUACGAUGAGAUCUUCCGCGAAGACCCUAACACGGGCGGGAUUGCGAUCAAGAUCAGCACGGACGUUGAUGGACUGUACACAAGCGCGCCACAGAUGGUCUUCGCCUAUAACCUCUCUUAUUUCAAGAGACGUGGCGACAAUGGCGAGAAAGUCUGGUACGACCUUUCUGAUGUUUUUGGUGAUCCGUUUCAGGGAUAUCCUAUUAGUCUUACGCCGGCUGAGCCUGCCAUUCAUUGGCAGACCGGUGUACCACCUUCUGGUAGUCAGGUUCGAGUCAUUGCUUCGUGGACCAAUCUGACGUUGUCACUUUGUUAA